CGGUAAACGGCUGAGCUGAAACUACUCGGCACACAGACUGAUGGGUUCCGACUCCAGUCUCAACGGUAGUUGUGCUGGUCGUUUGGAUAACGGCACCAAUGAGGCGAGUGGCCAUCGCGGCGCCCCUUACAGCUCCAUGGCAACGGUGCUCAUCGUCGGGGCGGCCGGCUCGGUGAGCUUGGUGACCGUCCUGGGCAACAUUCUGGUGAUGCUCUCCAUCUGCGUCAACCGCCACCUCCAGACCGUCAACAACUACUUCCUGUUCAGCCUGGCGUGCGCGGACCUGGUGGUCGGGGCGUUCUCCAUGAACGUGUACACGGCGUACGUGGUGUCGGGCCGCUGGCCGUUCGGGCCGCUGGCGUGCGCCGUGUGGCUGCUGGUGGACUACGUGGUGAGCAACGCGUCCAACAUGCACCUGCUGCUGAUCAGCGUGGACCGCUACCUGUGCGUGACGCGGCCGCUGACGCACCCCUGCCGACGCACACGCCGCUACGCAGCGCUGCUGCUUCUGGCCGCGUGGGUUCUGUCUCUGGUGCUGUGGGCGCCGCCCAUCCUCAUAUGGCAGCGUUUCCACGGAGACGGCCUCCACCCGAGGGACGAGUGCUACAUCCAGCUCCUGUCCAACCCCACCGUCACCCUAGCAACCGCGCUUCCGUCCUUCUACCUGCCGGCGGCUCUCAUGGUGGUUCUGUACGCUCGCAUCUCCCGGGCCAGCCGGCGCCACUCGGACCCGCGGAGCCCCGCCACCAAGAGUGGCGCAGUGGCCCGCGCGUCCAACACCCCUCACGCAGCGGAACCCCUCCCCCCACUGGACACGGCGUCCAGCCAGCACGGCAACCAGCACGGCAACCAGCCCGGCAACCAGCCGGCCCAAACGAAAGAGGCCGUCCGUCUCGUGGGGGGGGAGGGGCAGCAGGGGCUCCGCAGGGCUCUGAGGUUCUGCAGUCUGCAUGGGAGGAGCCAGAAGCUGGGAGGCUGUGGCUCCGCCCCUAUGGAAGGGUGUGGCUCCGCCCCUAUGGGAGGCUGUGGUUCCGCCCAUAUGGGAGACCCCACUCCUUUGGGGGACUGUGACUCCGCCCUUAUGGGAGACUCCGCCCUUAUGGGAGACUCCGUCCUUAUGGGAGACUCCGUCCCUAUGAGAGGCUGUGACUCCGCCCCCUGCAGUCACAUGAGCAAGAGGAGCAGGGGGCGUGUCUCUCUGCGGGAGGGGAAGGAAGAGGAAGUGACCCGGAGGGUUCUACGGGAGAGGAAGGAAGUGACCCGGAGGGUUCUGCGGGAGAGGAAGGUGACCCGGACGGUUCUGGCCGUACUCCUGGCCUUCUUGGUGACCUGGACGCCGUACAACAUCAUGGUUCUGGUCGGGACCUUCUGCCACUCCUGUGUAUCGGACGCCAUGUGGACGUUGGGCUACUGGCUGUGUUACAUCAACAGCACGAUCAACCCCGCGUGCUACGCACUCUGCAGCGUCACGUUCAAGAGGACCAUCCGCAAUCUUCUGCUGUGUCGCUAUAACAACAUCAACUCCAAAUAG